AUGGACCAUGCGGCCAUGCGUACGGCUGGAUUCAAACCGUCAACGUUGCAAAUGAUCAUCCUACAGGCCUAUACUCCCAAUUUGAAUAAGCCUGGAGGUGACGAAGAAAUGCUGGUUUUGGCCGUUGAGAAAGUGCAGUUUCCUUCAGACUGCUUGCGGAGUAUGCGGACAUCAAAUCCAGGCCAGUUGGAUGCCCUGGCACGUCACCUGGACAGUCUUGCCAACGAGCUCGAAGCUAGAGCUGUGCAGCAUCGAACAGCACGGGGUCGCGCCACGUUCAAAGAGGAUGACCGCCAAAAACUUGAGCUCCUUCGGCGACGCGCUGCCGACGUUCGCAACGCCAGAGACCGGUGUGAGGAUCAGGAGCGCAUUAAAGGUACCCGUUUAGAGGCGGCGCCAGCCGCGGUGAUCACACCUGGCCGAUUGCAAUGUGCAGUAGCUGUCAGCUCAGCAGCGGCUAUGAUAAGCAGCGCACACAGCCCUCGAAGCGCAACCCAGCACCAGCAGCAACUGUCUCCCAGCUCUAUACCUCCGGAGGCAUCCAUGCGGCGGCAGAUCACCGCCGGCAAUAAACCCCCGGCGGCAUACGCGCAGCGUGAGGACCGUCCGCAGCUGGAAACCUCCGGGCAAGGCCCCGGCGCCGUGCCCUAUAGGGUAUGCUCCCCAGCCUCAGCCAGGCGGCGCCAAAACUUGCUCGGACAACAACGGGGAUGCAACCGAGCAGAAGGGCUCGGGCCGCCUGACCAUAUGAACACAGCAGCCGUCCCUUUGGGCUGCGAGACAAAGGGCUUGCCAUCUGCACAUUCCAAGCAGAAGGACACUGCACAGCUUGUGGAGUUGGUCGGGGCGCGGCGGGGCCUCGACCCAGAUCACCAAUGGAACGGCCCGUCGUGCGGAAGGGUUGUGGCGGAGGACCGGGGACAGGCGCCACGCAACGGCCAAGGCUGUGUGGAUGCCGAUAUCGGGAAGCUGUACGUGCCGCGAGCUUGGCCAGUCCUGCCAGCGGUAUCUGACGCUGCAGCUGGCAGCGAAAUCAGGGAGCCGUGCAUGGCUGGGCCAGCUCCGGCAGUGGGCCGCUUAGGAAAGCGGAACGUGAAGGGCGUUGCGGAGGCUGGUCAGGCACCAGAGUCCAUAAUUCCUGUGAACGCAAGAGGACUAGAGAGUGCUGUGGGAGGCCCUCUCCGGGCAAGCGCAGUUGAGGAUCAGGAGAGCGGCGUUGCGAGAGUGGGUUGCGAGAGUGUUGCCAAGGGCCGUGUGUCUGACUCGGAUGAGCGCCAUCGUGCAGCUGUCGCAGCCGCGGAGCUGCGCGAGGCGUACAAGCAUUUCCGUGGACAUUGCUCUGGCUUUAAGCAAUACCACGAAAUACAGGUGGCGCUGUGGCUUUCGCCGGAGCAGCUCGUGGGGCGUGAGAUCCGGGUACUAUGGCCUGACGAUGGCGCCUGGUUCUGUGGGCGAGUGACCUCUUACUCUGCAGACACAGGCAUGCACACCGUAGAGUACGACGAUGGUGACGUGGAACACCUGCACCUCGCAGCGGAGGAAGUCCGGCUGCAGGUCGUACCAGGGCAGGCAGAGCGCAACCUUGCACCGCGGCCGCCGGAGGAGCUUCGACGCGUUGCAGCGUGUUUGGCGAUAGGUGCUGCCCAGCUGCGUGCACGGGCAAGUACCCAGCAGGAGCACCGGAGAGGCGUGCGUCAAAAGCCUCCAGCUGCGCAUUUGAACCGCGGAAAGGACAUCAGUGAACCUGGUGGUGUACCGGGAAGCCGCGAAGAUGAAGACCCCCAGGAGCUGACGAGCAAGGCGGAGCGCUGGUCCGCACAGGCUGCCCAGCUGCAAGCCCUGGCGACCCGCAUGGCCAGCGAAGUUUCCAGCGAUGUACCUCCCUGCGACCAGGUUAGCCAGCGGCAGCCACCUGCACGAGCCGGCGGCCGAGCCGAAGCCCAGGCCGCGAGGGCCGCCAAAUCGGAGGCCCGGAAAGUCAACUGUGCACGGACCUCUGCGGACCGCACGGAAGCGGACGGCGAGGACAAAGCCGCAGACGCUAUGGAAGUGGAUAAAGACGACGAAGGAACUCGACCCACCUGCUCUGGCCCAGCAGCAUCAAAUAAAGCCGCAGAAUCAGCGGCAGCGUUACCAACGUUAACAACGGCGACAAACGCAAAAGGAGCAGAAAUCGCAGGUGUCGAUAUGGAAGACCGGCUGCGGGAGCAAGAGGGACGGGACCCCGUCCCAGAACGCGACGACGAGGGCGGCACCGGUUUGGUUCCGGAGUCGGAAAGCGUUUCGCAGCUGCCCCGAGAUUGGGCUUCGUGGCAGGUGCUGCGGCCUGGAGAGGUGGUGUGGGCGCAGUUCGCUUUUGUGCGAUUUUUUGGCGACCACACGGUCUUGGGUCUUCCAGUGGUUCAGCCCGGCGCCCGCAUUCCAGACCGCGGCGGCGUGUUGCCCUUUUUGGCAGGCCUCGAGCUGGGCUGGCACGUGCGCGGGGUUGCGGGUGCGGGUGCCGCGGCUGGAGGUGCUGGCGGCAGCCACACACAGCGCUUUCUUCGAGCCAUGUUUGAGCUGCGCACCUACAUGACGGAAGGUGAACUUCCUCGCGGCAUGAUCCCGCCAAACUACGAUGAGGACGACGAAGGCGAGGAUGAUGAUGAAGAACAACAGCAGCACCGAGCGGGGUCUGCAAGUGGCCGCGGCUGCGGCGACGCACGCAGCACUCGCCGCCUAUCUGUUGCCCGCGCUCUCGGCGGCGAGGGUAGAGCCUCCCAACACGAAGCUGCCGGCACUACAGCUGCCGCACAGGACAUCACCCUGCCUCUAAAGCUAGGCUCCAAGUUGAGGGUGCUUCGGCUGGGUGAGGUCGUCUGGCUGAGCCGUUGGUUCCACGACGAGAAGUACAUCUACCCACUAGGCUACACGGCGGAUCGGCUAAUGGUCAGUGGCGCCAGCGGCGGCCGGGAGGUACGGCACGUGAUGGAGGUGGUGGCGUCUGCGGACGGUGUGCGGCCAGUGUUCAGGAUUACCCCCGAGGGGCGGCUCCCAGUGUCCGCCGACACCGCCACUAGGGCGAUGCGUGCCUUGUUUGAAGAGGACGAUCGCGUUCGCGGCAGGGCCUUCGCGAAGACUGGCGCCGACUUGUUUGGACUGACCCACCAGAGAGUCGCCGCGCUGCUGCGCUCUCUCCCUGGCGCAGAGCGGUGCGAGCGCUUCGCCAACUGGCCCGACCAGGACCGGCCGCCGCUGCCACCGCUGACACAUCUCGAGGAGGUACAACGGCGCGCCAUGUACGCCCGUGCGCUGCAUCUGCCGUCGGGUGUGCACGCAAUACCGGAGGUCAAGACAGGCAUGUGCUUCGAAUGUGAGGUGUGCGGUGAGGAUAUGGAGUCGCCGGACAACCUUAAGUUCGAGUGCGACCUGUGCCGCUGCGUGGUUCACUCGCGUUGCUAUGGCGUGAAGCAGCCUCCGCACGGGGCGCUCUGGCUGUGUGACGUGUGCCAGCUGCACGCUGCUGGUCUCCCGCGUGACCGGUCUCCGCCUUGCGAGCUGUGUCCCGUGGCCAGUGGUCCCAUGAAGCAAACGGACGCGGGCGGAUACGUGCACGUGCUGUGCGCCGUAUGGACACCGGGGGUCACGUUCGGAGACUUGGACAGCUUGGAGCCCGUGGAGGGUGUCGCCAAGGCAAUCCAGAACCGCGCCUCGCUGCGUUGCUUCCUGUGUAAGCAGCAACACGGCGCCUGCAUCCAGUGCGCUGGUGAUGCGCGCUGCUACACUGCCUUUCACCCCAUGUGUGCGCGAGAGGCGGGGCUGGCCAUGUGCGAGCUGCGGCAGGGAGCUGGUGCUGCUAGAGGACCGCCGCAGCAGCAGCAGCCGCGCAAUGAACGGCCGGUGUCUGCGGCUGCUUCACGCGGGAACCGAACAACGGGAUCAGCUGAGGUGACGGCAGCGCCUGCGGCGGCUGCAGCAGGCUUUUGCAGUCCCGCUGCUGCAGACCACGCGGAGCAGGAUGACGGUAAGGAGAACCUGCAAGGCAGCGUCAACGCGGCUGACGUAUCCUCUGGCGGUAGAUCCAAACACGGCGGGGAGCUGCCGACGCAUGUGCUGGCAACCAAGCUCUCCGGGGGUGCGCACCCCGGCCCUGCAUCCUGCGUGGCACACUUUUGCAUACCGCCGGGAGGUCAGCACCAGGAUGCCCCAUCCAAGCACUUCGGUGGGGGUGCAACAGACAGCUUCCCGCCAGCGGCUCCGGUUACGGAUACCGCAGCGGCAGCGGCAGCGGCUGGUACUUCGCUGCCGCCACGCCGCGGGCGGGGGCGGCCCCGUAAAACUAACAACCCCGGGCGCGCCGCAUGCCGCGCAAGCGAGGCGUUGGGCCGGGGCCGCGGCGCGUGCUUGGGUGGGAUAUCGCUGGGCAAUGGCAUCUCCUUGGCCUGCUUCUGCCCCCGCCACGAAGACCUCGUGCUGCACCAGACCGCCUUCCGCUGCAGCUUCGCCGGCGGCCGCUUUGCAGACCGUCGGGCGGAGCUCACCCGCGAGCAGCAGCACGCCCGCCAGCGGCAGCUGGUGCAAGAGCUCGAGUCCAACCGUCCGGCCCCACAGCCGCUGCCAACACCGCAGCAGCCCCAGAAGCAGCAACCACGGCAGCGAGGGUGUGAUGACGAGGUUGAGCGAAUGGGCCAGGGUGGUACAGGAUUUGCGGCAGAUGGAGAGCUGGCGACGGGUCGGAGCAUGUCUUUUGCGGACUGGCGCAGCAGGGGGCACCGGGCGCCGGAGGCUGUCGCCAUCGCCCGGGAGAAACGUACCUUUGUACGGCAGUUGCCGUACUUGGUGACUGGCAGGCUGCAGCAGAACGUACGAGCGCUGGAAGGACUUCACGUGAGUUGUGUUCGGAUUGGCACAGGUGCUGGCGGCACGGAUAGCGGUGGCAGUGGUAGAGUCGGCAGCUGCGGCCAGGUUAAAGCAGGUCAUCGCAGCGAUGUAGGCAGCCGGGUGGGUAGAGAUGGGCAAGACGAGCUGCAUGGGGCCGGCAAUGAGCCUACGGACAUCACGGCACUGCCUUCAGACCUCCAGCAGGGCAAUUACAGCGGGCAGGACACGGCCGGCCUGCUUCCGAAGCCGCUACUGGAGGCGGCGGCGGCGGCGGGUGCACGGUCUGUGGCAGAGCGAUAUGCGGCGAUGCGGGCUACGGUUGGGCAGCGUCUGGCUGCCGGCAAGAGCGCCAUCCACGGCUGGGGAGCCUUUGCCAAGGUGCCUCACAAACGAGGUGACAUGCUGAUCGAGUACGCCGGGGAGCUCAUCCGGCCAUCCGUCAGUGAUGUGCGCGAGAAAAGGAUGUACAACAAGCUCGUUGGGUGCGGGACGUACAUCUUCACACUGAACGACGACCAACACAUUGACGCCACGCGGGCAGGCAACAUGGCGCACCUACUCAACCACAGUUGCGACCCAAAUUGUUACAGUCGGACCAUAACGCUGACGGACCCCGUCACCCGCGCCACGUCAGACCACGUCAUCAUUACCGCCAAGGUAUGCGUGCUUUGGCGGGACAUCGAGGCGUGGGAGGAGCUUACGUAUGACUACCGGUUCAACUCCUCAGAGGAGCUACCGUGCAACUGCGGCGCGGCCACUUGCCGAUUGUUGGUCAACUGGCCGGAACAGGUCGAGGAUGAGGACGCGGGAGAGGAUGAGGUGGUAGAGGAUGGCCACGGCAUCGAUGGCCCCUUAAGAGGUGAGGAGGGCCAUGCCGUUGUAACGGUGCCGGAGGGGUUGUGUCGUUGUGGUGGGCCGGAAGGGCUGGCUGCGUCGUUGAGAACGUGUCACGCCAAAUGGAGGGCCAAAUGUCGUACCAGCAGGAUAUUAUCUCUGAGCGUGGGUGGAGUAGGAUGCGUGCUAGCCGUGAGUACGGCUGCACGCAAUUUGAACAUCAGCUUCACGUUGGCGCGCCCUCGAGACGACCAGAAGACGCCCUCCCAGCAAGCAACUCAUUCUCGCUCGGCCCUACUAGCGCGUUGUGAAGCCUGGACCAGUCUCAUAGUACGUGGUCACAUCCUUCGUGACCCACUCGAUGCCACUGUCUUCGAGGUCCUUGCGGAACUGUAG